UUUGGAGUUACAGAUUAUACCACAGUUCAUUUUACCGGCGUGACAUACAGCUGAAAUGUCGAUUUUCUCUGGCAAACACAUCCCAGUAAUGGGAGUAGCAGUUGCAUCACCCUAUGUGGUCCGACUGGCUGACGUUAGCAACCCUGAACCUACACAUAUACCAAGGAAACAGCGCGUAGACUUGUUAAGAAGACAGCGUAUUCGAACAAACUUUUUGAAGGCUUUGUUAAAGUUGGGUUAAUGUGUGCAAGGGCUGGUUUUAUGAUCAGUCGGGGCUAUUUCUGUGCAGCAUUUCGAAGUACAGGUGACAGGAAGCAAGUCCUCCAAGUAAAAUAGUUUUAAAGAUUAACGCUUGCAACACGACUUGCAUGUGUAGUUUGUCAAGCAGAGGGAGAGGCCACGUUAUGCCAGCCCUGACAUGUGGCCCACAUUUUAUAACUGUUUUUUCGUAUUGCAGUCUGUAGCAUAUAGUAUACAUCGUAUGCUAUAAUAUGACACAGCCGUUCCUACCAGCUGCAGCUGCUAUCUUGACCCUCAUCUGAAAACAAACAGCUCCAGCCGCAGCCGGUUUGAUCCCCGUGUUGACUGAAGCUAUUGGGAAGCCAAAUUCAGUUGGAGCUUGCAGUGGUGAAGAGAACAGCACCAUCAUGUCUGGGGGCUCGUUUGAUAUCGACGCGCCACGAUGGGACCUAACCACGUUCACAGGGCGACUGAAGCACUUUUUUAACAUUACGGAUUUCACAACGGCGCUCUUGCCGGAUUCGCGCCUGGACGAGGCUAAAGCGUUGGUAGAGAGCUGCAGGGCGGGCUCGGUUCCCCCAGGAACCCCAGAGGAGCAGCUCCACUACGCCAAGAAGCUCUACGACUCGGCCUUCCACCCGGACACGGGGGACCGCAUGAACAUCAUCGGCCGCAUGUCCUUCCAGGUCCCCGGGGGCAUGGCCAUCACCGGCUGCAUGUUGCAGUUCUACAGGACGGUUCCUGCCGUGGUGUUCUGGCAGUGGGUGAAUCAGUCCUUCAAUGCCCUGGUGAACUACACCAACCGCAACGCCGCGUCGCCCAUCACGUCCAACCAGAUCGGAGUGGCCUAUUUAACCGCCACCACCACAGCCUUGGCUACGGCCGUCGGACUCAACCUCUACACAAAGAAAGCCCCGCCCCUGGUCGCCCGCUGGGUCCCGUUCGCAGCUGUGGCCUCGGCUAACUGCGUCAACAUCCCCAUGAUGAGGCAACAGGAGAUCCUGAAUGGCAUUGCAGUCACAGACGAGAACGGCAACAAGCUUGGUCAUUCUAAGAAAGCAGCAGUUAAGGGCAUUUCUCAAGUGGUCCUGUCAAGGAUUACAAUGGCAGCGCCUGGCAUGAUCAUUCUUCCAAUCAUCAUGCAGAGGCUAGAGAAGUACAAGUUCAUGCAGAAAAUUACAUAUCUUCAUGGGCCACUCCAAGUGAUGUUGGUGGGCGUGUUCCUGGUGUUCAUGGUCCCGGCCGCCUGCUCCCUGUUCCCCCAGAACUGCUCCAUGGCGGUGUCGAAACUGGAGCCGGAGUUGAGAGACUCCAUCAGGGGGCGCUAUGGCGAGAGUGUACAGCACGUCUACUUCAACAAGGGCCUUUGAAGAGGAGGCUACUACUGUGUCUCUGAUAUUUGAUGCCAGGACAGUGACGAUGCUGUUGUACACGGUGCUUAGUAGUGAUGGUAGCGGUUUCUAAUGGCUUUUCUCUCUCUCUCUCUCACUCUCACUCUCACUCUCACUCACUCACUCACUCACUCACUCACUCACUCACUCACUCACUCACUCACUCACUCACUCACUCACUCUCCCUCUCUCUCGUGUGUGUGUCUAUUUCAUCUUUCCUUUUUGGUAGUUCUCCUCCUUCAGCUGACCUGACUUACUUUGGACCCAACCGGGUUGUCCAUUCCCUCGUCUAUAUCCAAAAUGCGUGGUAUGUCGUUAGCCCCGACGAUAAACCAAACCCUCAGGAACAACAUACUACGUUGCUGGAACAAUUAGGCUAAAAAGGACAAUACACGUGGAUGCAUCAUGACAACAUGGGUGUGUUUCAUUUUGAACAAUAAUAAUGUUCAACCGCUUACAAUGUGUUUUUUGUCCUUCCUAAUGCUUUUUACCUCAAUGAGGGCCUUGCCUUACCUGUGAGCCGUUGAAAGAGGACUACUGCUAUCAGACUGCUCUUCGUACACCAUUGUCAGUGUUUUUAAACGGUGAUUAUUAAUUUCCCUUCAAUUCUGUGCCUCUUUUGUGGUCGGUGUGAUGCUGCUGCUAUGCAUUGAGUAUCGACUGAUUUUACUGUGAAUUCAAUAAUUUGUGUACAUUGGUUUAUGGUUUAAAUCAUCCUGUUCAAACAUAAAUCGCCAAAUCAUAAAAAAAAUACGGUAUUGUUUAUGUGGACUUAAUAAGCUUUGAUAACAUGUUUGGAAAUCUUUCGUGGUCUUUUAUACAUUUGAAUAGAGGGCCCUCCAUAGAGUAGACAGAGUUGCGACUUUGGAUGCUUACUACAAAAUAAUGUAAAGCAGAAUGAGAUUUUUAUAUAUCUAUAGAUGUAGAACUCUUGAUAGAGAAGGAGAAAGAAAUCUCUAUAGAUAUGGGCUAUAGAUUUAAAUAACAUAAAUACCCUCUGCCUUUGAUGAUGGUUGCAUAAUAAAACAAGAAAAAUAUAUGCAGCAUAGAAGUCAGUCUUUAAGAUCCACUGGCCUUGCCUAGUGCCUGA